AUGACGAACAGAGAUAUUAUAACGGAGGAUGCAACUUUCAAGGCAAAUCAUAUCGCUAGUUUUAUUGAAGGGGAUGAAAAACUUACCCCCAAAGGGGUUGUUCACCACAUUAACAAAAUGCAUGAAAGCGGCAGGAUAGAAGAAACACCCUGUAUUGUCAAGCUUGACAAAAAAGGGAUUCAAGUGGAAUUAAUAUCAGCUGGGGAAGUCGUUGAGUUUUUUGAAUGGCCUUCUAUCAGUGACGAGAUUGCAAUGUUAAAACGUUCUGAAAGCUUCAACUACGGUUAUCUCAUACUGUUUCGAUGUUCUCAGUAUAAUGCAGAACUCAGACGUGAUGAGUCUGAAUUACAUGUUUUUAGCUGCGAGACUCAAGAGGAUUCCAAAUCACUUGUUGACUCUAUUCAUCACCAUAUAUGUGCGAGUCUAAAGCAAAAUUUAAAUGGUGGUAUGGCUAAAAAUUCUGAAAUCACUCUGCACCGUGGGAGAUCUGAAGAAAAAAUAGUUCCUACAAAAUUUGAAAGUGGACGAAAUUUUUAUAUGCUCAACAAGUGUAUAGAUGAUAUAGAAAGCUUUGAAAAACGUUUAGAGAAAGGCAUUAAACGGAUGUCAAAUCACGAACGUAAUAAUUCAGGUGAAGGCAAGAUGAAUGGUACAGGUCUUCCAAGUAAACAGGAUGCACAAGAAACAAUCAGAAAAGUCAAAUAUGCCUUUAAUAUAAAUGAGCAAGUUCGACAACUUACACCUGGUGAUACUGCUAAAAAAAUUUUCAUCCGACUAUUCAACACAGUUCAUUGGUUGGAUAAAGUUUGUAGUCAAAAUCUUGUCGCCGAUUAUGAUCAAAAUAUGGUGCGUGAUGUUGUCGAACCUUUACUUGAGGAAAGUACACUUUCUACAAUUAUGACUAGACUGCAGCCUAAACAACAAGAUUUUUGGAGAGAGUUGGGACCAGCCUGGAAUACACCACCAAGCAGAUGGACAGAAAAUAUUUCUCGAUAUUCACCUCAGUUCACUCCUUCAGCCACAAGUAAACGACAGACAUGGCAUUCAGAACCAGAACCAGUUACACCAGGUGUAGUUGACAUUGAAGUGAAAGUUACGCAUACGAUUUCGCCACGUCAAUCUCCUGUACCUGCUGUGCGAAACAAAACUCCUUCACCUGUUCGUUUCGCUGAGAAACCUAUUGAACAAAGGGCUAAAUCAUGGGAUACACGUAGCCAUCCACAGCGUCCAUCUGAUGGCGAACAAAAAUGGUGUGUUGUCAAUGUGCAUCAUGUGAGUGCAAAACCCCAGGAGUUAUCCGUGCAACCAGGUGAUGUUCUCUCAGUCUUAAUAGGCAAUAGAGGUGAUUGGUGGACAGUACAAAAUGAUGCAGGAGAAUCUGGUCAAGUGCCAGCAUGGAAACUGAAACCGUACAAUUAUCGACCUGAUCAUCCACCUGUAGCUGGUUUAAGAAAAACUUCUUCAAUGAACAAUUUGAUGAGUAAAAAAUCUACUGAGAAUGUCAAUGGGAACAGUGAAAAUGGUCAGAUAGACAUUAAUAUUAGUAACAGUAAUACACAGUUGCAGGUGCAGAGUUCAAUUUCUCCAAGAUCUGUAUCACGUGAUAAAUCCCCUUCAGGACAACAGUUGGAUACAACAGCUGUGAAUAUAAAUAUAUCUACAUCGCCUACAGGACAAAAUGUAAACAAUGAUAAAAGAAACAACACUGACAACAAUACAGAUGCCAAUAAUAAUUUUAUGUAUAUAACUCCAUCUCAAUUACAAGAAGCAAUCAAAAUUAAUACUAACGUGCCAAUGUUACUUAUCCCAGUAACUAAUUUAUACAAUAAUGGUAAUCCUGAUAUGUCGCUAAUCAACUGGUCUGCUCUGAUGAAUCCAAAUACUAAUGGUGCUGAAUUGGCACGAGUUCCUAAUCCUGGUGUCCUGGGACCUGGAUGGAAACCAGCGCCUAUACUAAGUACUUCAGCAAGUAAUUUUUUUCGGUUUAAAAAUGCUUUAAUAUCGUUGAUUUAUCCUACAAACUGUACCAGUAUCAUCGCCUGUGUUAGCUCCUCCGAUAACCUUAUUUUAUCGUCAGUUACACUAACUGGGAGGUCAAAAAUUCAUUGUUAA